AGCUCGCAAUGAGCAGCGUGCCAUCAUCAUCACCUCACAGAGCGGCAGAGGGGAGCGACUGCGUCCGCUGAUAGUCACGAAGUUUAUUUACACUCACCGGGACCAACAUACCGGAUUUCUUGAUUGGACUUUGAUGUCGGGAUAUACAUGCGUCUAUCUCAUACUUAACAUUGUUUUUAUAAAAUCUUCCGUCUGAUUGUUUCGGGGAUUUUUGUCGUGCCUCAAGUGGAAACGGGGAUCGGUCUCGUGUGCCUUUGGACACCGGAACGAUCAGAGGAAGUUUCCGUGUCUCAGUGAAGGAAUGAAUACAUGUCUAGCGAGGAAAAUCCGCAUGAUUUAACGCAACACAUGGAAAGCAAAGAUAUUGACACACAGCUGGGGAUGAAUCAGGUGACACCAUCGGAAGCACAUCCUUCAGCUGUUUCGGAGGCUGAUCCCAGUGACCCCAACACUGAACAAGUGACACCCUCGAAAGCUGAUUCGGGCCUUGAAGCCAGCACACCUACAAAGAUGGACUCCACAAGGAAGUCAACUACCCCAGCACAGUCAGAUGUCAUUCCAAAGUCCUCUGCAACACCCACUCCAAAAUCUACUAGUAGCCCUCAACACAAAAAAGAUGGACUGAAGUUGGACGAGAGGCAGAAACUAGCAAAGGAAAGGAGGGAAGAGAGGACCAAAUAUCUCGAUGUUUGUCUUUCUCAAUUUCCGUCCCCAGAACAGCAAAGCCAGAUUCAAGCUAAAAAGAAAUCUCAGUGGCUGGAGAAGGAGGAGCGGGCACGGCAGGUGCGAGAACAGCAGUUGGAGGAGAGAAGGAGAAAACUGGAGGAGCAGCGGCUGAAGGCUGAGAAACGGCGUGCAGAACUGGAGGAGAGACAGAGACUGAAGCUAGAGAAAAACAAGGAGCGGUAUGAAGCUGCCAUCCACAGGUCUACCAAGAAGACAUGGGCAGAGAUUCGUCAACAGAGAUGGUCCUGGGCCGGAGGCUUGAGCGGCAACUCCAGCCAAAGCCAGAGCAGAUGCUCAAUUUCAGCGGUCAACCUGCCCAAACAUGUGGAUUCAGUUAUAAACAAGAGACUCUCCAAAUCCUCCGCUACUCUAUGGAACUCUCCUAGCAGAACUCGUAGCAUGCAGUUGAGACCAUGGGAGAGCAGCAUCGUGGACAGACUCAUGACGCCCACUCUCUCCUUUCUGGCCCGCAGUCGCAGCGCCGCCAGCGUGCUGGGCAACAGCCGAGACGGCCAGUCUCCAAUGUGUCCUCGCUCAGCGUCUGCCAGCCCCCUCACAACGUGUGCCCAUCGGCCACAUCACCGCUGCUCUGAACGGUGGGCGGUCACCACCAGUACACCCAACAUUGCCCAGCGCAGGCGAGACUCCACUCCUAUGAGGAAAGAUAAGAAAGACAAGGACAGAGAAAAUGAAAAGGAGAAGAGUUCCAUCGACAAAGAAAAUGUGCUGAAGAAGAGGCAGUCCAUGCCAUCAAUGAAGAUCAGAACGGAGUAUAGCCCAAGGCCCUUGUCCAAACUGCGAGCUGCAUCACCUGUCACACCCAAAGGUCGGACAUCCUCCCCCAGUCCUGCAGUGUCUCCCAAACCCCCAUCUGCCCGGGCGAGCCCCACCACCCCUAUAGCCAGACCCAAGAGGGCCAGAACUCCCGCCCGCGUGGAGCCCCGCACUGCCUCACCUGUCGUCAUAGAGAAGGUCAAGGAGACCCACAGGCCAGCUACGCCUGAAGAGACGAAGUCCUCGUCUCCUGCCCCCUCAAUUGUUGUGUCAUCAGUUCCAGACACGCCCCCAAAUGAAAGUGCACCAGUCACGUCAGUUUCCACGCCCUCUGCCCCUGAGGAUUCCCCUCUUGUCCCCGCCCCUCCACAGGUAGCUUCUCCAGCCCCCUCUCCAGUUAAGCCAAUGGCUGGCACCAACAAUCCAGAAGAGGCCACCCGCAUCCUGGCCGAGAAGAGACGACAGGCCCGUGAACAGAAAGAGAGAGAAGAGCAGGAGAAGAGAGAACAGCAGGAGAGAGAGAGGCUCCAGCGUGAGGAGAGGCUGGCACAGGAGGCGGAGGAAAGGAGGCGCAGGGAGGAGGAAGCACGGCUCAUGGCGGAGCAGGAGAGGUUGAGGGAGGAAGCGCAGCGUUUGCGUGAGGAGAAGGAAGCGCAGGAACAAGCCAAAAUCGAACAGGAAGAGAAUGAACGCCUCCAGAAACAAAAGGAGGAGGCUGAAGCGAAGGCCCGUGAGGAAGCAGAGAAACAACGUCUGGAGAGAGAGAAACAUUUUCAAAAGGAAGAGCAGGAGAGGCUGGAGAGAAAAAAACGUCUGGAGGAGAUUAUGAAAAGAACACGCAAAACAGAUGCAGGAGACAAGAAAGACACCAAAUCCCAAUCUCAGGUCAAUGGGAAAGAUUCCCCAGCAGGUUCAGAGAUGAAUAAAGGAUCUGCUGACUACCAGCCGAGCACAGCUUUAAAACAAGAUGAGCAGUUUCAAAGUGCCAUCAAGGAAAGUUUGUCAGCCCUUGUGGUAAAUGGUGUACAGCCUACCAAACACGAAAAUGGCUUGUCAGCUAAAGGAGAGGCUCAUCACAUUGAAAACAUCCUCCAGCUAUCCAGUCACAGCAGCGGGCGGGAGAUGUCAGAGACUGGCAUAUCCGACGAGCCAAUCAUGGCCUUUGAUGGUGGAGAAUCAUAUCUUAAGAAAACUGGUCCAAUUAAACCUCAGCAUGUGGCAGAAGUCCUAUGAGGUCAUGAGCUUUGGACGAAGCUUGCCUGUUUCUCAACGCAAUCCGUCUGAGGAACCUAAUAUGAAAAAACACAGCAUGAGCACCCCUGCGCCGUACCCGAAAACCGACUUCUGAUUAAACUGCAUAAUGCAAACUCGCCAUCAAAACCCUUCUUAUGAAGAACGAUGGAAAAUUACAAGGAAGCAGCGCAACAAUCAAGCAGAGCUAAACAAAUCCCACCCACAUGCCCACCAGACCAAUUCAUGCUGAUCUCUUUCUGAUCACCAGACCGCAGUGUAUUUUAAAAAAGGCUUGUGAUGAACGUUCAUAAUCCUUGUCAUGAUUUGUGCUGUUUAUGGGUUAAACAAAGAUGUGCUUUGGAUGUUUUAUUUUGUAAUGUUUAGAUAUUUAACGUGAAGAGACUUGUAACUACUGGCUACAGCUGUAUGUGAAUAGUGUAAAUUGAUGCAUGGGAGGACAAAUCUGUGAAUAAAACAGAGUGAAUGGAAGAAA